AUGCGUCUCCUCGUCCCGCUCCGCCCCAGCCGGCUCCCGCCGCUGCUUCCGCUCCGGAAAAUCCAGCGGAAGAUCCGGCUCCGCUCCGCUCUCCGGAUCCGCUCGCCGCUCAGCCUGAUCCCGAGGCUCCCACAGCUCCCGGGGGUGCCGAAGGCUUCGCUCCGGAUGAAGACGGAGACGAAUCGGCUCUGCUGGGAGAACCCGACGCCGCCGAACUCCGGAGGCGCCGGCUCCAGAAACUGGGAUCGCCGCCUUCCUCCUCCUCCUCCUCCCCGCACUGACGUCUUCCCUGGCUCCGACAUGGGAUUUUCCCCAUUCCCUGCUUUUCCUCCCUCCUUCCUCUUCCUCCCCGUUACCGCCGCAACUUCCUGGGAGCCGGAGCGGAGAAGCCGCUUCCGCGAUCCCGUCGACUUUUCUUUCUACCUCUCUGGAAUCCCGGGAUCUCUCUCCACGCUGCCGAACGGGAAGACGUCUCGGAGGAGCAGGAAGGCUCUGGAUGUUUGGAAGUGCUUGGAAGCCGGAGGAGUCAAUGGAAACGUUUCCAGGGCUGCGGAGAGUCCGAAUUUGGAAGCGGGAGCAUCCGGAUCAACACCGGGAUCCCGGCACCGGCCAUCCCGCUCCAUUGAUUCCCAGGUCCUUCCCACCCGGAUCCCGGCGCCUCCGGAGCCGCGUUUCCCGCUCCGCGACGUUCCCGCUGUUCAGUGCCUCUCUCCGCACCCAAGCGGCUUCUGCUCCUUCACGGAUCUCAGGGAAAACAGCCGGAAGGGGCACGGGAAGCUCCGGGCCCUUCCCUUUUCCAAUGGAAAAAAAGGCAGGAAGCGGAUUGGGGGGCAGCAGGAGAACCACAUCUUCGCCGCCCGCAAGGCCUUCGACGCCUUCUUCUCCCAUUAUCCCUAUUGCUACGGAUACUGGAAGAAAUACGCCGACAUGGAACGCCGCUUCGACUUCCCGAAGGAGGCCGAGGAGGUGUUCGAGCGCGGGCUCCAAUCCAUCCCGCUCAGCAUGGACCUCUGGAUCCACUACAUCUCCUUCCUCCAGAGCACCCUGGAUAUGAAUCUUCCCGAAUCCGUCCAGAAAAUCCGCGGCGUCUUCGAGUCGGCCGUGGCCGCGGCCGGCAUGGAUUUCCGCUCGGAUAAGCUCUGGGAGCUCUACGUGGAAUGGGAGCGGGAGCAGGGAGAUCUCCGGGCCGUCACCGGGAUCUACGACCGGGUGCUCUCCAUGCCCACCCAGCUCUACAACCACCACUGGGAAAAGUUCAAGGAGCACGUGCUGCAGAACUCGCCCAGGGACAUCCUGUCUCCCGAGGAGCUGCUCUGGGUCCGGUCCAAGUUGGCCACGGAGCCGCUUCCGCAGCCUCCGGAGCCGGGAGGCGGCGGGGCGCGGCUGGAGCGGGCGCAGCUCCGGAAUUGGCGGGAAUACCUGGAUUACGAGAUGGCGGCCGGCUCGCACGAGCGCACCAUCGUCCUCUUCGAGCGCUGCGUCAUCGCCUGCGCCCUCUACGAGGAGUUCUGGGUCAAGGUGCGCCCGAAAUCCCCUGAAAUUGCCCCAAAACAGCCCCAAAUUGCUCCGAAACCGCCCGAAAUUGCCCCCAAACUGCCCAAAAUUGCCCCCAAACUGCCCAAAAUCGCCAAAAAUGCACCAAAACUGCCCAAAACCGCCCCAAAACAGCCCUGA